AUGCAGGAACGCGACUUCCUUAUGGAGGGUAUGGAGCUUUUUAUACCCAGAGCUUCCAAAUUUUACAAGAAAGCGGCGCUAUUCGUCUUGCGCGCGAUAGCCAAGCAUUCGCCGGAGCUGGCGUUAAUAGUGAUACACAAUGAUGGCUUGCAGACCAUAGUCAGAUGCCUGGAAGAUUUCGAUCCCGGGGUAAAGGAAGCGGCUGCUUGGGCGUUAGGAUAUAUCGCCAGACAUAAUAAGAAUUUGGCCCAAGCGGCGGUGGAUGCCAGCGCGGUACCUCUUCUCGUAUUGUGCCUGCAAGAGCCCGAAUUGUACAUUAAACAAAUCGGCGCGUCGGCCAUCAGCGACAUAAGCAAGCACAGUAAAGAACUCGCGCAGGCAGUGGUGGACGCUGGUGCGAUCUUCUUCCUCGCGAAAACUCUGGCCAAUCCCGAUGCUAAGGCGAAGCGUCAAGCGUUAUUGGCGCUGAGCAGCAUAGCUAAACAUUCGGCGGAAUUAGCGGAGGCUGUGGUCGAGGCAGAGAUCCUUCCAGACAUUUUGGUGCACAUGGCACAUCCGGAUGAGAAUGUUGGCAGAGUCGCGGCGAUUUUGACUAGGGAAAUCUGCAAACACACGUUCGAGUUGGCGCAGCUUGCAGUAAACACCGGAGGCAUCGCUGCACUGCUCGAAUUAAUUAGCAUUUCGAAGACGGCGACUAGAUUGCCAGCGAUCAUAGCACUCGGUUACAUCGCCGGUUAUUCCGAUCAGUUGGCCGUGGCUGUAAUAGGAUCCAAAGGCAUCGUGCAAUUAGCGGUUGUACUGCAAGAGGAAACGGAAGAUCACAUUCUUGCGGUGACCGUCUGGGCUAUCGGACAAAUUGGCAAACACACACCCGAACAUGCAAAGAUGGUUGCAGUAACGAACUUAUUGUCCAAGAUAUUGGAGUUGCACAACGAUCCGAAAAGUUCCGAUGAUCUCAAGGCGAAAUGUUACACAGCAUUAAAGCAAGUUUUGCAAAAAUGCAUGUACAUCGAGGCUCUCGAAUCUCUGUUGCAUGACGUGCCUCCUACUAUCCUGAAAUAUGUAUUGGGACAGUUCAGCAAGGUAAGAUUUUUAUAAUCCAAUCGAGAAUCUUGAUGACAAUUUUUCUUGGAAUUUAUAAUUAUAAUUUUAA